UUCAUUCGGGUUAAAGAGUGGGAGGGAGAGGGAGAGAAGCAUUGCUUGGCCUCUCAUGGCGAGCGCCAUUGGCAUCCUCAUUGCUCGUUCUGCUGAUGCUCAUGGCAAGACACAGAAUGCAAGAUCCAUUGCGGUUCAUUCGGUUCACACAAGGCGCAUCGUGAAAAGUGCGCAAAACACCUCUUCUUGCACAUCUUUUCGGCUGCUCCCGCUCAUUGCUUCGCUUUGCAGCGUUUCCUUGUGGAGAAAGAAGCGAUCCCCUUUGUCCCGUUCGAGUCUGGCAGCGUCGGACACGGAAAACGAGCACCAGACGCGUUUCACAGCUGGCACAGCAGGCUGCACAGGUUUGAAAGGUACGAAACGGAUGGCCAACGUGAUGACUGUGGCCUCGACUGCCUCGACCUUCACAGGUCAAACGCGAAGGCGGAAGAACUCUCCGUCGCAAAUUGGUCGAAAUGCGGAUUGGACAAGGCGAGAUUUGCUGUUGGAGAUUGAGAAAGAUGUGCAGGAGCUCUGGGAAAAGGAAGGUGCUUAUCAGACUGAUGCACCCUUCGAGGGAAAACCUGAGAAGUACUUCGUCACUUUUCCCUUCCCAUAUAUGAACGGCAAGCUGCAUUUGGGACAUGCGUUUUCAAUCACAAAAGCAGAAUUUGCUGCCAGAUUUGCUCGUUUGAAUGGAAAGCGCGUGCUUUUCCCCUUUGGCUUUCAUUGCACCGGGAUGCCCAUAGCAGCAGCCGCAUUGAAGCUUCAAGAGUCGAUCAAACAACGUGCAGGAGGAGAAAAGAACGAGGACGAAAGAGAUGAUGAAAAAGAAAGAACGGAAUCUAAAGAAGUCGAAGUGAUGGAAAAGACCUUCAAGGGAAAGAAGUCCAAAGCGGUGGCCAAAACGGGUGGCCUUGAUCAAUACGAUAUAAUGCUGGCAUUGGGCAUUGGAGAGGAGGACAUUCCAAAGUUUACGGAUCCCAAGUAUUGGCUGGAAUAUUUUCCACCUUUGGCAAUCCAGGACUUGAAACGUUUUGGUGCUGCAGUGGACUGGCGUCGCACCUUCAUCACCACAGACCUGAACCCUCAUUUUGAUUCCUUCGUGAAGUGGCACUUUCAAAAGCUCAAGGCCAAAUAUUUGGCCAAUGGGAAGAGGCAAACGAUCUUUUCCAUUACGACGCAACAGCCAUGUGCAGAUCAUGACCGGGCUGAAGGUGAAGGUGUCAAUCCACAAGAAUAUACGUUGAUCAAAUUACGAGUGAAGGAGAUUCCUGAGGCCUGGGACUUGGAAGACACUCCCGUCUUCCUCGUGGCAGCCACUUUGCGACCAGAGACGAUGUAUGGGCAAACGAAUUGUUUUGUCCUUCCAGAGGGCCAAUAUGGCUUGUUUCGAACCAAAGAAGGAGAGAUCUUUGUGUGCAGCCAGCGCUCAGCUUUGAACAUGUAUUACCAAGACAUUCUGGAGGAAAAGGAGAACUCCACUUCACCGAGAUGCCUGAUGAGUUUGAGCGGUCAGGAACUGGUUGGACUGCCUCUUGAGGCACCACUUUGCCAGUAUUCAACCAUCCAUGUGUUGCCAAUGUUCACCAUUUCAAUGUCCAAAGGCACCGGUGUUGUGACAAGUGUGCCUGCAGAAGCUCCGGAUGAUUAUAUUUGUUUGAGGGAUUGGAAGACUCGAGCAAACUGGCGAGAUCAAUACAAUGUGAAAGAGGAAUGGUGUGUUCCGUUUGAGGUUCAAGAAAUCUUGACCUUCGACGGAGAUGGAGAGGAUGAGGCUUCAUUUGCUUCGGCUCCUGCUGUUUGUGAGCAGAUGAAAAUCGGCUCACACCGAGAGAAAGACAAGUUGGCAGCUGCCAAGAAAGAGGUUUACCAGAAGGGUUUUUACUCAGGCAUCAUGAACGUUGGAGCGUACAAAGGACAAAAAGUAGCUGAUGCCAAAGCCAAAAUCAAGGAAGACCUCAUCGAAAAAGGAGAAGCACUAGCAUAUUUUGAGCCUGAAUCCAAAGUCGUGGCACGUUCAGGAGAUGAGUGUGUCGUGGCACUAUGUGAGCAGUGGUACUUGAAGUAUAGUGAUGAGGCCUGGACCAAGCGAGUGCGUGAGCAUGUUGAAGGCAACUUCGAAAUGUUCAGUGAAGCUUCCAAAAAUGCCCUGUCGCAUGCAGUGGGGUGGCUUGGAGAUUGGGCAUGUUCAAGAACCUUUGGUUUGGGCACCAAGCUUCCCUGGGAUGAGCAGUGGCUCAUUGAAAGUCUCAGUGAUUCGACGAUAUACAUGGCAUACUACACGGUCGCUCACUUGGUUGAGCAGGUGAAGCCGGAAGACCUUUCUGAAGAAGUUUUUGACUACGUCUUUGGCAUCACAGAAACAUCUCCAACUUCGUUAUCCAAAGAACUCUUAGUGAAGAUGAGGAAGGAGUUCUCUUACUGGUACCCCGUGGAUUUGAGAUGCUCCGGAAAAGACCUUAUACAAAACCAUUUGACGAUGUCACUCUUCAAUCAUGCUGCAGUCUGGGAGGAUUCGAGUCUGUGGCCCAAAGCUUUCUAUUGUAAUGGACAUGUGAUGGUGAAUUCAGAGAAGAUGAGCAAAUCCAAAGGCAACUUCCUAACGCUUGAGGAAGCAAUCUCCACCUAUUCAGCAGAUGCCACGCGCAUCGCAUGUGCAGAUAGUGGAGAUGGUUUGCAAGAUGCGAAUUUCUCCACUGAAUCAUGUGGGAAGACCAUUUUGCGCUUGACGAAUCUCCAAGCUUGGGCGGAAGAUGCUGUAAAGCGAUUGCCGGACAUGCGGACGGGUGAUCUCACAUUCCUAGAUCAAGUCUUUAGUAAUGAGAUCAGCACCUCAGUGCAAAAUGCGCAUUCUGCAUACUCCAAGAUGCUGUUCACUGAUGCUUUGCGAUGCGUUUGGUAUGAUUUGGAGAACUUGAGAUCCCAAUACAGCAUUCUCACCAAUGGGGAUGUGCAUGCAAAGGUCAUCAAGUUCCUGUUGGAGACCCAAACCGUCACAUUGUCUCCCAUUGCUCCGCACUUUUGUGAGCAUCUUUGGAGAAAGGUUCUUGGAAAAGAGACACUUGUGGUGGACGAAAAGUGGCCCGAGGUAUCGGUCGAUGCCUUUCUAUCCCGGCAGUAUGCCUUGAUUCAAGGAUCUCUUCGGUCUUUCCGGCUACAGUUGGAGAAGUACAAGGCAAGCGGAAAGCGAAAGAAGGGCAAAAAGAACGUCGCUUCGAAGAACGUGGCUCCAACGCAAGCCAUCAUUUUUGUGGCAAAGAGCUACAAGCCAUGGCAGGUUGAGGUCAUGAAGGUUCUACAAGAAGUCGAACUCAAUGAAGACUAUGAACCCGUCGACAAGAACUUUAUGGGCCUCCUCCGCAAAUCCAUCAACUUCGACAAGCAAGUCAUGAAGCAAGCGAUGCCCUUUGCUUCUUUCCUUAUGUCCAAGGAAGUCAAGACGAGGGGCCCAGAAGCGUUGGAGCUCGAGCUGCCCUUUGAUGAGGCUGCCAUGUUGCGGGAUUUGACAGAAGUCAUAAAGUCGCAGCUGGGUGUCAAGGAACUGCAGAUUGUGACCGAGACAGAGAGUGUCGAAGGAUUUGAAUCACAACGAGAUUCAGCCUCGCCUGGGAAGCCGCAGAUUGUUUUUCAGACAGAAUCUUAAACAAUCGGAUAAACAUGUACACAAAGUGUACACAAAGAUGCUUGGAUGUAGCAGUUGAGCUGGAAUUUUUGGUUUUCGCCGAGCUCAGAGCUUUCAACUUGAGAGCGAUGCAGCUCAGCCCAGAUCAUUUUCAAUUCCACUCUAAGUAAUAGAUUCUUGUGGUCGGCAAAAGAGAAGUGUUUCUUCGAGUUUUGUUUGCUGGUGUUUGUCAAUGACGUUCAUGAUGAUGAUUAACGAUUUUGUGUAUUGCUUGCAAGAAAGUCUCACAGCGCAUGUUGCAUGUCACUGAUGACACGAGCGG